AUGAAUAAUAAAAAACCAGAAGGAAAAGUUGUUUCUGAAAUAGGUAAUACAGAGCCAAACAAAGUUAGUGAUGAAAAUGUAACCCCAGUUACUAGUUCAUUUAACAAAUAUCCUGACAAACAGGAGUCUGUUGAGAUUGAAAUGGACAAUCGAGUAAAUGACUCACGAUCUUAUGACCACUCUCAAAAUGAUAAUGAAGGUGUUGUUCAACAGCCAAGAAGAUGGUAUUCUAAUAAUGUUUCUCCUUCAUUGCGUUCUGGUUUCAGUGAACAAGGACAAAUGGGACGAGAGAAUUGUCAAUCAGAAAUGGCUGAAGGAGUGAAUAGUGAAGAUUCAUCAGAAACAAGUAUUGCUUCAGUAUCAAAUCAAAUUAGUAAGAGGGUACGUCCAGCUGUAGUGUUAAAUGAUGGAAGUAAAGAGGAUGAAGAACAAGGAAGAAGCGAUGAUAAUUUUGAAGAUGAAAAUGAAAUAAAAGAAGACAAGUCAUUACCACCUCAUGACUUAGGAUAUUACGUUGCACGGUUAAGAACGAUUAUAUAUCCCAAUUUUUUAAAUUAUUAUUUGAUGCAUUUCUUAUUUUUUACUGCUCUUUGUUUUGUUGGAGCAAUUAUUAUGAUUCUUAUUGAUAGUAAACUUAAUUAUAUUGAUGCAUUAUAUACUGCUGUUUCCUCCUACACAGGAAGUGGAUUAACAGUCAUUGAUCUUACAAAAGUAAAAUUUGGAAUUCAAUUUAUUUCAUACUUAUUAACUUUUAUUGGCUCUAUUGUAUUAGAUAGUUCAUAUUAUAUCCUUAUUAAAUUGUUCCGGAUGGGUACUAAAAAACAAACAAAGUCAUUAGAAGGGACUGCUCCUCAAGUAGUGAUUGAUGCUGCUAUUGCACAAGCAAGGCAUAUUAAUUCAACAGAAACAAAAACGUCUAUACUUCUUCUAGUUGUUAUUUGGUUAUAUAAUAUUAUUGUUCAAGUGAUUGGGUUUCUUCUUUUAUUAAUUGCAUUUGCUAAAGACAAAGAUAAAAUUGAAGCUACAGGAGUUAAUUGGGUUUGGUUUACCCUUUACCAAACUAAUUCAGCAUUUAAUAAUUGUGGAAUUGUUUUAUCAUCUAACAGUUUAGUGUCUUUUUCAAAUAAUGCUGGAGUUACUAUCAUUGUAUCAAUAUUAACAGUAUUAGGAAAUACAUGUUAUCCAAUUGUAUUAAGAGGGAUUAUAGAGUUAUUAGGGAUAAUUCUUAAAUGUACACGUUAUGAUAAAAUUAUUCAAUAUAUUUUACGUUAUCCACGUAGAUGUUCAACGCAUAUUUACCCAAGAAAAGCAACGAUAUGGUUAAUUAUUGUAUUUUUUAUGAUUACAUUUUCUGAAUUUAUUAUUCAAAUGUCACUUGAUUUUAAUAAUUUUAAAGAUAUUCCAGUUGGAUAUAGAACAAUUGAUAUAUUUGCUCAAAGUAUUUCAACAAGAACUGCUGGAUUUGCUAUAUUAGAUUUUAGUAAAAUAUCAAGCGGAUGUUAUGUUAUGAUGAUUGGAUUUAUGUAUUUAUCAUCAUAUCCUAUUACUGUUACAUUGAGAGAAACUAAUCCAUAUUUGAGACAUAAAGAAAAUUCUAACCAAGAUAGUGGUAUUGUUUAUCAAGCAAAAAAUAUGUUAGCAUGGGAUGUAGUUUGUUUUUAUUCAUUUUAUUUCUUAAUUUGUUGUUGUGAACAAGAUGCAUUAAGAAAAGAUUAUACAUAUACUGAGUUCAUGAUUCUUUUUGAAGUUAUCAGUGCAUAUGGUACUGUAGGGUAUUCACUUCCAAUGACAAAUGGUGCAUAUUCUGUUUCAGGUGGAUUUAGACCUAUUUGUAAAUUAUUUAUUUGUUGUGUAAUGAUGUUUGGUAAACAUCGAGGAUUUCCAGAAAGAGUAGAUAGAGGGUUUACUCCAUACCAAAUUGUUAUUAAUAGAAAAGAGAAUGAAGAUUCAAGUUUGGAGUGUCAAGUUAAUGAUAGAAAUGAAAAAAAAAUUAGAAAAGAAGAAAAAACAAAAGUUCAAGCAGAAAACAAUAAAGAAGGUAAUACAAGUACUUCUGUAAUUAGUGCCUUAGAUACUCCAUUAAGUCUUCCUCAAAGAAAUCAAGUCAGUUCAAGAAAUUUUGAUGAAAUUACAUUUAGAGAUAAUGACUUAUAA